CUCAGGGCUGGACCGCCUUGAUAAGCAUCCUAUGGCAUUUUGUUCCAAGAUGGCGUUGGCGAGCAUAGGAAAGGACGCGAUAAAUAUCGAAGAUGAUCAUAACCUUAAGAAUUCAUACGGAGAAGAUGGUCUUAUAUCACCAGAUAAAGAAGACAUCUCUCGUAUUCUGACGGUUCCUUUCAGCGGACGAAUCAGAGGUGGAAUGAGGCCUGGGAAGAAGAUCAUUGUCAUGGGCAUCAUAGAUCCAGAGCCAGACAGCUUUGACAUAAUUUUGACUUGCGGCCACAAGGAGGAAAAAGAUGAUGAGGAGCUCACCGAUGUGGCCCUUAAACUCAGUGUACGAUUUGCAGAACGACAGUACCUGAGGAGUGCACGGGUUUCUGGGAAAUGGAGUGAGGAGGAGGCAGUUAUAUCUUACUUCCCUUUCAUCCCAGACCAGCCGUUCAGGAUUGAGAUCCAUUGUGAGCACCAGCGUUUUAGGAUCUUUGUGGAUGGACACCAGCUGUUUGACUUUUAUCACAAAGUUAAGUCUUUGCAGGCCAUUAAUAUGAUCCGGAUAGUUGGGAGUCUUCAGAUCACUAAACUGGGCUGAACCUAGACCAGAAAGGACUUCUGACAGGUGACCACGCCCACCUGUGCAUUUGCCACAAGCAAUGAAGGCCUCCCAGCAUCAUCUUCAUUUUGCUUUCUUCAUUUAUUUCUGUGUAUUGUUUCAUGACAGGUUGGUGAAUGGUUGUAAUUUGAGAUGUGUGUCCCUUGUUGAAUGGUUUAAAAAUCUUGUAGCUUUUAAUAUUCAGUUUUUGUCAGGGAUUGCACAAUUUGAUAUGCACUCUGUGGCAGUACCAAGCGCCACUCUGAUUUCGCCUCAUAUGAAUGGACACUGCCAGUCUAUGAGAGAUUGAUGUCAGCAGUGUAGUUUCAAAAAUGAUCCAAGACUCAGGAAAUCAGAUAAAGUUGGUCUAUUUAGUAAUUUAAGACUAAGUUUUAAGAUGAUCAGAAUUAACAAAAUAAACUUGGAAAAAAAUUGACUAAUAGAACGUUAGAGAUUUAAAGUUUUAGCAUUUUUAUGUUCCACCCCAUUUUUGGUUUGGUGUCUCAACUACCUUCUUUAAUAAGCUAAAUCAUUUUGGGUGGAGAGUAUUAUUCAGGCCCCAUUUGUGUAGCAGGAUGAACAGUUAACCAGCCUUUUAUUCUUCAUAUAUAUGUUCAUUGCAACCAUUCCUUUUUCGAGAGAUUGUGUUUCACUGCAGAGGAAUGUCACGUACGACUUAGUUGACUUGAGGUUUGGAGUCAUCUUUGAAAUUGAUGCACUAAAUUGCGGUGGUGGAUCUUCCUAUCAUUCUCUUCUAAGCCAAUGCAUUAUUGGAGAACUUAACUAUUAUGGGAAAUCCAUAGCAACCAAACCAACAAGUGAUUGUUUUCUAGUUCAGGAAUUAGAGCUGUUUUUCAUUACUUAGAUAAAGUGAAUUUUGUGAAACCCAACUUGGCUCAUAUAAAGUUUACACAAGAUCUUUACCAUCAAGUAAAAGUUUAAGGAACACAAAUAACAGGGCUAAAUAGUUUUUUGAAUGUAAAAUCAUCCACUCAUAGGCUGCAUAAUAGCUAAUGUGUGGGUGUAUAGUGGAUGUCUUCAAAGAAAAAGCCUAUUAUUCCCUCCAGCUCCCUUAUUUAUAACACUCACUCGCCGCUUUGCUCCUUUUAAUAUAAAUGUGGACUCAAGACUCAUCACAUUUCCUGUGUUUUGCCGUCGUUUCUGGCAAUUUGCCCACUUUAACAUCUGCAAGGCACCUCUGCCACAUGAUCCGUACAUACCGUAACCCCCAGCAAGCAUACUUAUUUAUGAGACUAAUGUCAAAAUACCCAUUGUGUUUACACAUUGCACUGUUGAUAAGUAUUAUGUUCAGUUUUAUAACGUAACGCUCCCUGUAGAAAGAGGGAGUGGGGAAUACAUUUUAAGAGCUUUGAUUAUUAAUAUUAAUUAUGAGUAAUUAUUUAAGUUUCUUUCCGUUUCUUGAACAUUUUGAUUGGCACUCAAAGCAUCACUUCUUGAGCCGUCUUUAUUGGGAAAAACUCUGCUAAAUAACUUGAAGUGCGCCACUUAUACUCAGAAUAUCUUUGCUGAUGUUUAUGCACCACAAAACUCAUGUUUAGUCUCAAACACAACACAUUUAAUAACUAUUGGUACCUUGACCACAUACAUCUCGCUCUAAUAAAGCUGACAUUUUGUGGCAAAAACAUUUUGAGUUGAAGUUGAAUGAGAUAUAUCUAGCAUUUGAAGCCUGGACGUUUAGACCAAUGUGGAACACCAAAUAGUAUUGCUAUUUUAACGGGUACUUCUGUGGGACUUUCUUUGUUUUGUCUAAUACUGUUUUACUGUUUAAAGGUGAAACUCACACUUUUGGAUGAGAUUAAAUCUAUUAAAGUAUUGGCACAUAAAUGUUGUGUUUAGCAAAUUUUACUGCUUCUGUAUUUGUAGAUUAUUUUGGCACAAGUUUCUAUUCUAUACUGGAUAUCUUAAUAUAUUUGAAGUUUUAAAGGCGUUUAUUGGCAAAAACAUAAUAUAUGCUAAGAGUCAAUAUUUACAGAGUUGGGCCUUGUUUUUCAUAACCUCUGCAAUUUGCUCUGGCAUGCUGGAUAUCAGCUUCUGGGCCAAAUCCUGACUGAUGGCAAUGUUUCUUGCCUUAUUAGUGCUUGGAGAUGAUCACAAUUUAUGGGCUUCUGCUUAUCCACUUGCUUUUUGAGAUUGACCACAGGUUCUCUAAAUGUAACUGACAUCCGGGAGUUGCUUUUUGCAAUUAUUUUAAAGGCAUCUGAUCAAUCUGCAUAAUAAUCUAUAAACACUGAAUAAACCAGGACAGCUUAAGCAGAAACUUUGCAAAACACAGCCAAUACUUUUGGCCUCGACUGUAUGUGAGGUAAAUGUGGUAUACCUGGAUAGUUUUGAAAGGGGAGGGAGUAAAGCUUAUUUAACAGUCUAAAAGAUAAGGGAGCACAUAUUAGCUAACACAUUGAAGUGUUUGUGCUUUGGCCCUGGAGCUACAAGAGCAUGUGCGUUUAACAAACGGAGCCUUUGCAUUUCUCCCUAUGAUCCUGCUGAUUAUCCACAUGACAGAAGCUUUAAUGCUUCCAUUUCUGGUGCUGUUUAUUGUUUUGUAUCUCAAAAUAAAUUGCAACAAUUCUCAGUCUGGCUUACUGAUUCAGAGUUUAAAGUUGUAAAAUGAAUGUCAUGGUUCUUAAUUGAACAUUUUGUAAGCUUUCGAACUCUUGAUGUACAUUAAUUAUUACCUGUUUUUUUAUAUUUUGGAACUGCAAUAACGUCUCGAGUGUAUGUAAUGAUUAGAACGAGUGUAGAGUGAGUUACUAGUUUCCAUUUCAUAAAAACUAGGCUAGUUGAUUUCAUUGCUUGGUAUUGUUCGUUUGUUGUAUAUUCAGAGAUUUGCUUUAAGAACUUAAUAUGUUGGUUUAUUAUGUUUCUUUCAGGACUGUUCAAAGUGUCUAUGUUUGUAUUUAUAAAGUGGCCCAUUACUUGACUAGUGUGUGGUGAUGAAUAAUUGAAGUUGUACAAUAAUUUUCAUGAGUUAAAUCUAGACCAACAGAUAAAGAAUUGGUUUUGUGUGCUUUCAGUAUUUGGUAUUUCUAAAAAGUGUUCCUAUUUAAAAAUUGGUUUAGUAUUUAGUAAAAUAAUUUACUCUAAUUGACCUAAAUUUGCAUACCACUUUUCAAUUUAUUUUUGUUUUGUAAUUUAAUGCAUCUUUGCUCAUAUGGUAUUAGAAAAUGCUUCGUUUGUUAAAACAAAUGAAAUUAUUCAUAAAUUGUUGAGCUGGUGCAUAAUUGCUCUCCAGCAUCUCCUGCCUGUAAAUAUGCUGCAGUAUGAUGCACCUGAAAAAGGAGCCACUGAGUGAAAAAACAUAGCCUAUGUGUGAAUAACAAAUAUCUGAAUGGCACUUUAUUCUGCAAAUGAUUAUUUGCCUGCAAUCAUUAAACUGCAUCUAAACUGUUCAAAGUUGGUAUGCAAACUUAUUAUUGAUCAUAUGUUUUGUUUUUACAGUCAAUGUACAGGCUAGCUAUUUAGUGAAUUUUGUAACUCAUGAAUUUCAGAUUCUAACUGAUUUACGGACCAAUAAACAAUCCUUACAGA